AUGGCGCAGCCUCAGAAACCACAGGUCCAGCCCUGCCGCUAUAAGACGGGUAAGACUCUCGGUGCUGGCUCAUAUUCUGUCGUCAAGGAGUGCGUGCACAUUGACACCGGUCGCUACUAUGCGGCCAAGGUGAUCAACAAGCGUCUGAUGGCGGGGCGCGAACACAUGGUCAGGAACGAGAUUGCUGUGUUAAAGAGAGUGUCCAUGGGCCACCAGAAUAUCCUCACACUGGUGGACUACUUCGAGACGAUGAAUAAUUUGUAUCUAGUUACAGAUCUUGCCCUAGGUGGCGAGCUUUUCGAUCGCAUUUGCCGCAAGGGCAGCUACUACGAAUCUGAUGCCGCUGACCUCAUUCGCGCCGUUCUCUCCGCCGUGGCAUACCUUCACGACCAUGGUAUCGUGCACCGUGACCUCAAGCCUGAGAAUCUGCUUUUCCGCACCCCAGAGGACAAUGCGGACCUGUUGAUUGCCGACUUCGGUUUGUCCAGAAUUAUGGACGAGGAGCAAUUCCACGUUCUGACCACUACGUGUGGAACGCCGGGUUAUAUGGCGCCAGAGAUCUUUAAAAAGAGCGGCCAUGGCAAGCCAGUUGACAUCUGGGCCAUUGGCGUGAUCACCUACUUCCUUCUGUGCGGCUAUACCCCCUUCGACCGAGACUCCAAUUUGGAGGAAAUGCAGGCCAUCUUGGCUGCGGACUAUUCUUUCACGCCACUGGAAUACUGGCGGGGUGUCUCCCAGGAGGCUCGGAACUUCAUCAAUCGGUGCCUGACGAUUGAUCCGCAAAAGCGGAUGACUUCCCACGAGGCCCUGCAGCAUGCCUGGAUUAACCCGCCAUAUGAUACCAUGAAGGUAGGCUCCGGAGAGGACUUGCUGCCGACCGUCAAGAAGAACUUUAACGCACGCCGUACUCUGCACCGCGCCAUCGAUACUGUCCGUGCAAUCAACAAGCUGCGUGAGGGUGGUGGGUUUAUGAUGGACGGAGUGAUGAGCAUCGACCCCAAGCCCGAACGCGUCAAUGGUGCCGAAGUGGUUGAGGAGAACCGCCAUGGUGUUUCCGGUGUGAACGAUGGCGUGGGAGGCCCUAUGCAGAUCGAUAGUCGAGGAAACGCUCGCGGUCAAACUGAAGAGCAAAUCCGAGAGCAGGAGCGCAGGGUGAAGGAGAUGGUGGCUGGACUAUGGAGUCGGGGAGCUCAUGCGAAGUAA